UCUUUGGUUAGUUUAAUAUUUGCCAAAAAGAUGAUGAUCACAAGCUUAAUCCAAGUUAAUGGAGCUUCUUCAGGCAUUCGAAGGAGUGCUCAAGUAGUUUGUGGAACAAAGGUGGCUCGCAAUCCAAAUAUGGAGAAGCUGAAAAACGGAUACCUGUUUCCUGAGAUUUGGCAAAAGCAAUUAGCACAUAUGAAGAAGUAUCCCGAUGCACAGAUUAUUAAUUUGGGGAUUGGGGACACAACUGAGCCUAUACCAAAAAUCAUAACAUCUGCUAUGGCUGAGUAUUCCCUUGGAUUAUCUACUGUCGAGGGCUACAAAGGUUAUGGAGCCGAGCAAGGAAAUGAGGAAUUACGCAAGGUGAUAGCUGAAACAAUAUACAAAGACAUGGGAAUACAAGACACUGAAGUAUUCGUAUCAGAUGGCGCUCAAUGCGACAUUGCUCGCCUGCAGCUUCUCUUCGGGUCCAACGUGACGAUUGCAGUGCAGGACCCUACUUUUCCGGCAUAUGUGGAUUCGGGGAUCAUUCUAGGCCAGACUGGAGAAUACGCAGAUUAUGGAAGAUACAAUGGGAUUGAAUACAUGAGAUGUGCACCAGAAAAUCACUUCUUUCCCAUUUUAUCAAACAUUAAGCCUACAGAUAUCAUCUUCUUUUGCUCGCCCAACAAUCCUACAGGCCAUGCAGCUUCGCGAGAUCAACUAGUAAAGUUGGUAGAAAUUGCCAAAAGAAAUGGCUCCAUUAUCGUCUUUGACUCUGCAUAUGCAGCUUAUGUGUCAGAUGAUAGCCCAAGAUCAAUCUAUGAAAUUCCUGGCUCCAAAGAGGUUGCAAUUGAGGUCUCAUCUUUCUCUAAAUCUGCUGGUUUUACUGGAGUUCGCCUUGGUUGGACAGUCAUUCCUGAAGAACUCGCCUACUCCAAUGGCUCUCCUAUUCUCAAGGAUUUUGAUCGUAUUAUUACAACUUGUUUUAAUGGCGCAUCCAACAUUGUCCAAGCUGGUGGCCUCGCUUGUUUAUCAAAGGAAGGACAGAAAGAUUUGCAUGGAGUAAUAAGUUUUUACAAAGAAAAUGCCAACAUAUUAGCUGAAACUCUCUCUUCCAUUGGUCUACAAGUUUAUGGAGGUCUGAACUCUCCAUAUAUAUGGGUUCACUUUCCUGGUACAAAAUCAUGGAAUAUGUUUGCUGAAAUCCUCGAAAGAACGCACAUAAUCACAGUGCCUGGUUCUGGAUUUGGUCCCAGUGGGGAGAGUUUUCUCAGGAUUAGUGCUUUCAAUCACAGGGAACUCAUUCUAGAAGCUUGUAGAAGAUUCAGAAGAUUUUUUAGAACAGUUCCUUCUAUCUCUUCAUAUUCCUUGAAUCAAACAGAUUUUUUUCUGCAUCAAUGA